ACCAUCCCCAUCAUCUCCGAGGCCGCCCGGCUUGGCCUGAUGAGCAACGAGUACCUGUGGUUUCUGACCUUUGAGGCCAUCAACAAAAACAAACUCUCCCUGGCCAACAACUUACCCCUCGGGCUGUUCGGCAUCCACUACGACUACCGGGACGAGGAGAUGGAGCAAGCCAUCAAGACGGCAGUCUCCGUGUGGCUGAAAGGUCUUCACCAGUCUUUCAUGGCGUCGGUCACACCGGAUGGCACAGCGGGUGACCUCCCAUGGAAGCUGCCAAAUUUAGACUGCCAGUCCAAGGCGGAGCUGAGAUGGAAGGACGGGCACACGUUCUACCAAUAUCUGAGAAACGUCACCACGGACACGGUUUCGUUUAACGAACUGGGUCAGCUGAAGUACAAGGACAUCAAGAUCGUCAACGUUCAGCAGUCGGUGCCCGGGGAGGUGGAGAAGAAAUGGAGGGAGGUCGGUAUGUUCACAAGCGGCGGCAUCCACAUGAAGCACAUCACGUGGCCUAACGGUCACACGACCCCACCCACGGGCAAACCCAAACGUCACUUCCUGCGCAUCGUGACCAGAGAGGAGCCGCCAUUUGUCGAGUACCGGGACCUCAGCCAAAACGGAAGUUGCGGCCAUUUUUCUUAUCUAUGUCACGUGUAUGAUCGGGAUAAGAACGAAUUUAGAAUAUCCAACACGACUGUCAAACGCUGCUGUACUGGACUCAGCAUCGACUUCCUGCACAGACUAUCAGUGGCCUUGAACUUUGACUUCUAUCUGUACGAGGUCGAGGAUUACCAAUGGGGCAAUAAAAACUCCGACGGCAAUUGGGACGGCAUUGUUGGAGAUUUGGUCCACGGCAAGGCGGACAUGGCCGUGGCCUCCAUGACGAUAGACGAGGACAGGAGUACGGCCAUCAACUUCUCCGUGCCGUACAUGGAGACAGGCAUCACCUUCAUUGUGGCCAUCAGAGAGGGGGCCAUCUCGGCCACGGCAUUUUUAGAGCCGUACGACUACCCCUCUUGGUGCCUCAUUCUGGUGUGUAGCGUGCACGUGACCGGCGCCUCCAUCUUUCUAUUUGAAUGGUUGAGUCCCUAUGGCCUGGACCACGGCAGGAAGUUGUCCCCAACCUACAAGUUCUCCUUAUUCCGGACCUUCUGGCUCAUGUGGGCCAUGCUGUUCGGGGCGGCGGUGACAACGGACACCCCCAGGGGCGUGUCCAGCAAGUUCAUGUCCAACAUCUGGGCCUUGUUCGCACUGGUCUUCAGCGCCUCCUACACGGCUAACCUGGCGGCCUUCAUGAUCACAAAGGAGGAGUACUACGACCUCAGCGGCAUGCAGGACUGGAGGCUACAAAAGCCAUACGCCAUGAAUCCACCUUUCCGCUUUGCGACCAUAGCUAACGGUACAACAGAGAGUAACAUCAAAAAGAACAACGCCAACAUGUAUGAGUACAUGAAGAAGUACACACAGCGGUCUGUGGAACAGGCCAUGGAGUCAUUGAAGACACAAACGCUGCACGCCUUCAUCUACGACGCCAGUGUGCUCAAGUACCAGGAGGGCAAAGACAAAGACUGCCGCCUAAUUACUGUGGGAAAUUGGUACGCCACCACCGGAUAUGGGGUCGGAUUUCCUUUCAAGAGCCCCUGGUUGGACCGGGUUAACAACGUCAUUCUCAACCUGCAGUACGAAGGCGAGAUGGAGCGGCUGAAAGAGUUCUGGUUGGCUGGUGCCUGCCACACCAAGAGGAAGAAAACCAACAACAACCGCGGCAUCGGCAACGGCGUGUCCAGCAGCACGCUAGGGAUUCUCAACUUCACUUCCGCUUUCAUUUUGCUGGCCGCCGGGACGGGACUGGCCGUCUUGACCUUGAUCUUGGAGCAGUGCUAUUUUUGUUUCGCCAGAAAAAGGCUUCGAUCGUGGGAUAAGAAAGGUUGCUGCGCUCUCGUAAGCCUGGUAGGUGAAGUGGGUGUAUUGUCGGCCUGUCAGGUGCCGGGCAAUGGCCGGACAGCUACCGGACAAAUGCCGGACAGCUACCGGACAAAUGCCGGACCAAGGCUGGACAGUUGCUAG